AAACACGUGGUAUAAUAGAUGCAAAGCUCGUAGCACUCUCUGCCAUUAUUGAACUACAAAAUCUACAACAAAAUACAGUAAGGCAGAGAUAUCUCGCCACUUACUCUCAUGGCUCUACUAUCAUCAUCAUCGAAAGGAGUGGUAAUAUCUCUGCCGGUGCUGGUUCUCACCGGCGCCGCCUUUUCCGCAGUACUCCUCUUCUUUCUUUUCUCCUCACCACCACCUCCAGCUCCGUGUAAUUGCCUCGUCACUCCAACAACCACCACUGUCGCCGCCGUUGGUGGAUCCAGAUCCGGCGCCGGAGAGAGGAUCUCGACGACAAUAGAGGAUAUAGAAUGGGUGAAGAAACAGAUCGAGGGAAAUGGACUCCAUAUGGCGGACAAUGUGCUGCGCAAAGGGAUCAACCCUCGUACUCGCCAACAACAGCUCCAGGAUCUACUUCAGUUCAAGGGCAUAUCACACUAUGAAGGAGAACAAGCAAAUAAUCACACUGCCCUUCCUUGUCCUGGUGAACUCCUUGUAGAAGAGCACCAUAGCAAUUAUGGAGAGCCAUGGGCAGGAGGGCGGGAUGUUUUUGAAUUCCUUGCGGAGUCAGCCCAUCUAACUCCAGAUUCCCAAGUUCUUGAGAUUGGAUGUGGGACUCUUCGUGUUGGAUUACAUUUCAUCCGGUAUUUGAACCCAGAACACUUCCACUGUCUCGAGAGAGAUGAACUUUCUUUAAUGGCUGCAUUCAGGUAUGAGCUUCCCGCUCAAGGUUUAUUAAACAAGCGCCCUCUUAUUGUUAGAGGUGAAGACAUGGAUUUCAGUAAAUUUGGAUCCGGAACCAUGUAUGAUUUGAUAUAUGCAAGCGCUGUGUUUCUUCAUAUGCCUGAUAAACUUGUUUGGGUUGGUUUGGAGAGGUUAGCUGGUAAAUUGAAACCUUUAGAAGGUCGAAUCUUUGUGUCACAUAAUAUAAAGUUUUGUUCACGAUUGGGAGGAGAAGAAUGUACAAAGAGGCUGAAGAAUUUAGGGCUGGAGUAUAUUGGCAAGUUUACCCAUGAUAGUUUGCUAUUCAAUCACUAUGAGAUUUGGUUUGGAUUUAGGCGAGUCAGAGCUUGAAUUCGUGUAGAGAGUUGUUUGAAGACCUAAUAUUCUUAUGCCAACAUCUAUCAGGCUGCGCCUGAAAGCACGCUUUCAUCAUGUACAUUCUUUUAUGCAAUGUCUGGCACGAAAUCCAUCUUUGUCGUUUUCUGUGUAAGAGAUGCUUCAGUUUCCUGCUUGGAGGUGGAUCAUCAUUGUCGGAUCCUAACCUUGAAGAAUCGAGUUUUAGCUAUAGCCGCUGACCACGUGAAGAAGAAAUGAUUUGUUGCAGUAAAGCUGACUUAUGAGACGAGGUUAUGAUAUGUUACCAUACCCGAGUUUGUAAUCUUCGCACUAUAUUGAACAUCUAGUUGUAGCAGUUUUUUUUAUCAUCUGCUAUUUGUGCAUUAUUUAAUGACUUAUGUAGCAUGCGCUCUACUUGUUAGUUGUUAGUCUUGCUUCUAGAUUUUGUUUAAUGCAGUUUGGAAUUCUUUUAAUGAAUGAGGUAUAAAUCAUUUCCCCCCUUCAAGUGA